AUGGUCACUCCCCCUAUUUCCAAGACUUUUGUCCUGGGCAGUGCCCUUUUUGCCUCUACUUCUUAUGCCUUGAAGCUGAAUGCCGUCUGGACCACUGGAAGCUGGUCAGCUAUCGGACCUCCCGGAGGAUCGGGUAGCAGCGGCCACACCAACGGCUUCUCUCUCGUCAAUGAAGCCGGUGAGACUCUUUGGAGUGACUCCUACCCUGGCGGCUAUACGGCCUGCGGAGGUGGCUACGGCCACACCUUCUCCCUCACCGGUGGAUGUCUCCCCGAGGGAACCGAGUACCAUUUCAAUUGCUGGAGCAAAUCGACAAAUCCCGACAAAUGCUCUAUCCGAAACAAGGAUGGAAGCAACAUCGCUCUUGCAGAUGGCCAGUCUAGCACCCAUUUCAUCGGUAUUGCGCUCGGCAUAGAUGGGUACUGUGGUACCUCCUGGGACUUGGGCGAUGUUGAUUGCCCUGCCAACACGCAAGGAUUCACAGCCACUUAUCUUGGUGAUGAGGAGGGCUUAUAG